GUAAUGCGAGCCGUUUGUUUUAACGGAGGCGGAAGACGCAUCUGUUGAACAUACGAUGCAGGAAACGUCUCGUUAAGGUACUUAGCUGCGACUAAAGCAGACAUCCAUUCGUAAGGCAGAUGUGAAUGCCAUUGGAAGGAGAAUCCCCACCAAGUGGGAGAUGAAAGUUUCCGUCGUAUAAUCGAUAGCAGCUCUGCAGCUCUCACAGUACGCGUAUGUAGCUCAAGGACGAGCAAAAUGUUGCGUGUACAAGCGUGUAAAUAUUGGCUAUACUAUUUAUUAUCGUAUGUAUUAUUUAUAUUUUAAACCGAUGAUUUGUCUUUGCAUGAAGAUCGCUGUAUCGGACCAUCGUGAAAAAUGACAGCAAAACUUUGUGUGGAAUCUCGAAUUUAUAAUUCAGAUCUUUCGCUAUAUCUUCUGGCAAUGUAAACAACCAAACCACGUCAAGAUCUAAAUAAAGCAAAUGAAUCAUAUACUGUACAAAUAUACGCAUUUGCCAAGGCAAUGAUAAUAUAAAGAAAGUACAUAUCGACGUGCGAUAUUAGCAAUAAAACAUAAAGAUGUAUUGCUCCUAAAACGGAGUACAAGUUUGUAAUUACUGAUAGUAAUUACGCAGAACAAAAGUGUUAUUAAUAUAUUGUUAAGACAAAUUGAAAUUUAUAACGCAAGAGGUGUACAUGAGUGAAAAAGUGGAUGAAAUAUUGAAAACACGCAUUACAUUCCAUUUGACAUAUUAUGCACGUGUCAAAAGAACUAAAAUUAUCUCUAUAUCUAUAUUACUAAAAAGUACGAAUAUACAUUAUAAGUUUAAAUAUCUUUCUACGUAAACGAAAUGAAAGGUAGGGAUACGGAUGAUAUAGAUUAAUCGAUUAAGGAUUUACCUACAUUGCUCAAGAAUGGCAGCGACAGAGAAUAGUAGAGAAUAUAUAGAAAGAGCAUUUGUUAAAUUAACUGAAAGUUAUAUUCAACACGGGACUGAGAUAAACAAUUUAAAAUCUAUUAUUAUGACUGCUAAUGGAAAAAGUGGCAAGAACCACCAUAGUUUUGCAAUACGUUCGAAGAAGUUGUUGGUAAUGUUAUUCGUGCCAUUUCUUUAUGGCAUAUUUCAUAGAUAUUUUUACACUAAUAUAAUUAAGAGUUUUCAAGGAACUCGAUGCUUAUUGCCGAAUAAUUAUCUCGUAUGGGAAUUCACGAGACCGAUAACGAAUUGCGAUUAUUGUCGCUACGUUGAGGCACCAUUAAUCUUGCCAAAUUUGACCAAGGAGGAAUUUCGCUUUUAUUCCUAUUCGUCCCGACCUAUGAUAAUAAAAAGUGCAGCCUACGAUUGGCCCGCGCGUAAAGAAUUUACUCUGGAAUUUUUUCGGAACUUAUACGAGCGUAUCGAAGGUGCUUACGAGUCGGUAGAGGAGGAAUGCCAGUUUUUGCACUUUAAAAGUAACUUGGCGAAUUUACGCCAAGUAUUUGCGAUGAGUGAAGAUCGAGCGUUACAUCGAGAGGGCGAAGAUGCCUGGUAUGUCGGCUGGAAAAAUUGCCAUCCACAGAUUCUAGAUGCCAUGAAGCAAUUUUACAAUGUACCUCACUUCUUGCCGGAUGACGCGGAAGUUCCAUAUAGCAAUUAUAUUUUCAUGGGUUACGAAGAAGGUGCCGUUAUGCACCUGGAUUACAUAUCAAGACUCAUGUGGCAAGCUCAGGUAAUAGGUAGCAAAACGUGGACCGUGGCUCCAACGCCGGAAUGCGAUAGCGAAUGUAAAUCUUUUAAAUUCUUCGUCAAUGUAACGGAUGUCGUGCUGUUGGACACACGUAUCUGGUAUCACAGUACUCGCAUCGAAAAUGGAAAUCUUAGUUUGACAAUCACCUCGGAGUAUGGGUAGACAAGUUUUAAUAUAGAGGGAAGAAAAAAAAAUUUUUUUGCGCAUUCCGGAGCAAAUGUCUAUAAUAAAUUUGGUAUGAAACACAACUGUUUCUUCAAUGUAGUAAAAAUUGCUUGGAUGGGAUUCUAAGCAGUUUGUUUUUGUAUCCUUUGGUGAAUGUUGAUUGGAGAAACUCGAUACAGUAUACCAUUUCAUAUCUAGCAUUUUGUUAUUCGAUGCUGACAAUUUUGUGAUACAAUUAUAUCUAUGAAUAAAAUUGUAGUGUUAAACGAAAAA